AUGAAGAGAUCAAGUUCAGAACGACGGAGCCUGAAAGGCUGUAGUGUGUUCUUCGACGAGAAUGUUUGGGAUGCAGAGCCUGAUAGCCUGGACUCCGUGAAGUCUCAACUUCAAAAUCUUGGAUGCUCAGUAGUCAUCUUCCUGGACAAAGACGUAGACUUCAUCGUUUCAAAGGCGACUUUGGAUGCAGAGAACAGGAGGCCUAGAGCAGAGAACGGAAUCUGCGCCAACUCGCCUGACUACGUUCGAACUUCCGACAGCAACAGCACGUAUAGCGGGUCUUUCUCACAUAAGCGCGAGUUGCAAUCUCGACGAGCAGAGCGAUUGAUGGCUCAAGUCCCGAGGAUGAGCCAAGAGCGAACGCCGCCGAGUGUUGUGCAGUUUGCAACUUCACACAACAAGAAGAUAUUGACCCCCGGACAGAUCCGCAGCAUGAUCUACGCAGAGACAAGCCCAGCGACAAGAGCAGGAGGCUUGGAUAGCAAGGCAGCUCACUGCAAGAAGCCUCUGACUGCAGCGGAACUGCGUAAAGAGACGCACGUCGUGAAGGUAUGCAGCGUGGAUAAGGAAUACGGUAGAGAGUGUGGGUAUCCCGAAUGGUUGCACUUCCUUCCUCGACAUGGGCCACCGGGCUGCGACAAGCGAGUCAACGAUCUGACUCAUAGCACCAAGAGAGGGGACGGACAAUCCGAGGUGAAGAAGAAGAUAAAGAGAGGCUUCUGCCAGCUCUGCAUGGAGAAGUUCGAGGACUUCAAGAUCCAUGCCGACAUUCAAAAACACCGACGGGCGAGUGGACGUGUUGUUGACGUGAGACGCUCACUCUCCUUGGUUCCAGGUGGUGCAGGGUUUGUGGCACGUACAGCGAAGAAUAAGCACCAGCUGAAGUUGGGAGGAUGA